AUGAUAAAUCAAAUAGCUCUGAAGGAGCCAGUUAGAAAGAUUUGCUGCAACCAGCCUCCAAAUGGAAUUUGUCCUCUGACUCAUAAAAUUAUUACUCGACCAGCAAGAGGAGUGAAUUGCAUGCACGGUGAAUGCUUCGAUGUGUCUGGAUUUAUUUGCAACUCAAUGAGAAAUAAUUCAUGGCAGUGUCCGAUUUGCAGAAAACCACUCACAAUUGAGGAUUUAAGAAUAGAUCCUUACUACUUCGCUCUUGCAAGUGGAUCAUUAACUUAA